GUUUAGCUCAGUGUUUUGACGUAUGAUGGAAAGUAUCGGCACCGGGAGCGGACAUGGAGAUCAGCGGCCUGCACCGAACGGAGCCUGUCAGGGCUGAACACUGGAAACUUUUGGACAACCUUAAGACCACAGUGGAAGGACUGGUGUCUGGGAACAGCCGUAACGUGUGGUCCAAAUAUGGCGGUUUGCAAAGACUGUGUCGUGAUAUGAGCGACAUCCUCCAACAUGGUCUAGUCUGUGAUCAGGUCUAUUGCAAGCAUCAAGAUUACUGGAAUUUUGUGAAGAGUAGUCAAACCCUUCAGCCAGUCGUAUCUCCACAGGUGGAACAGUUUCUGCUUUUCUAUGAAAACAGUCGAAGAAAUGGAGAGAGUACCGGUGAAGAGAAUGGUCAGCUUUGGCUGCAGCACAGCUUACAAUUCCACUGUCUGUCAGCCCAGCUGAAAGCCCUGCUGGGGAACCGCCAAUACACCCGCAAGUUUUAUUCAGUCUCUGCGUUUCUGCUGAGUGAGGCUCACGUCAAUGCAAUGUUCCAGUGUCUGGAGGCAGUGGAACAGAAUAACCCCAGGUUGCUGGCUCAGAUAGACACAUCUGUGCUUGCUGGUAAACAGGACUUCACAAUGUCAGGAAAGAAUGUGGAUUUUACAACCCUGUCAGGAUCUCCCUGUAUUCCGUACACGGACAACCCGCGCCACUCGCUGUAUAACCCAUACAACAGCUUGCAGGUCCCCAGUAGUCUUCCUGCUGCUGGUAAGAACAUGAAGGAUUUGCUCCCCAGUUUGACUGAUCAACAAAACAACCUGAACAAAGUUUGCACGUCUCUGCCUGAGAACGAUUCAGUUAAACUUUUUGUCCCACCUUCCUGUGACGUUUCACCACGGGAGCCGUUUUCACCUGUUAGUGAGAUGAGUGUCAGCACCCUUACCAGUCACAGUGAGGAGGCUGUCAGCCAAGAUGAUCCACCCAGUGAGGCAGAUGAUGGUCCUGAGUACCUGGCUAUUGGAAACAUGAGCCGCCGUGCAUCGAGUAGUAGCAACAGCAGCAGCAGUUCCAACCUCUUCCCUUGCAGCACACACAAAGCUGAGAUUCCAGGCAUCCCAAGCCCCGUGUCCCCCAGCUCAUCACUGCUCACGGUCCCGCGCCGCUCCAGUUUCUCUGAGGGACAAACCAGCAGUGGGUCCGGUCACCCUAAAAAGAGUCAUAUGCGUUCACACUCUGAUACAAAUGUAGCCAUGGGAAAAAAUCAAGAAUCUCAUGCUGACCUUGCUUUGAGGAAAAACCAAGCCAUUCACGGAAAAUUGAAUAGUUUAUCAUCUCCUUAUUCGGAGCAAGACAACGCUCAGUAUUUGAAUGCUUCAGACUGCAUAUUUCGGAGGCCUUCAAAAGGACAGUCAUUGAUCAGCUAUCUCUCUGAGCAGGACUUUGGCAGCUGUGCUGAUCUGGAGAAGGAAAAUGCCCACUUCAGUAUUGCCGAAUCACUAAUUGCGGCCAUUGAGCUCAUGAAGUGUAACAUGAUGAGUAGGCAGCUUCAGGAAGAGGAAGAAGACAGUGACCGUGAGAUUCGGGAGCUUAAGCAGAAAAUCCAUUUACGUCGGCAACAGAUCCGGACUUGUCGGGCACUGAGUAAUUCAGGCGAUGGAGAGUCCAGUGAUGUGGUUGUAUCAGACAGUGGGUUACAGAUAAACUUGCAUGACUGUACGCAACUGUCGGAAUCUGGCUCAGAAGAUGAGGUGGAUCAGUAUGAAAUCAAAGAUGGUAAUGAUGGGCAUAACCAGAUUGUAAUGUAUAGGAAUGGACUCUCUGCCUCAAUGGCCUCGUUCUUCUCAGAUGCAGAUAUCAACAAGUGUUCCAGUAGCCGACCAUCUGAAUCAAUAUCUUACUCCUUCCUUCAUUCCAACUCUGCCGAAGCUGUGGCCAUGGGUCUGCUGAAGCAGUUUGAAGGGAUGCAGUUACCCGCUGCAUCUGAACUAGAGUGGCUGGUUCCCGAGCAUGAAGCACCACAGAAGCUUCUGCCGAUACCGGAUUCAGUACCGAUCUCUCCUGAUGACGGAGAGCAUGCAGAUAUUUUCAAACUGCGUAUACGGGUUCGUGGGAACUUGGAAUGGGCUCCACCACGUCCACAAAUCAUCUUCAACAUCCAUACAGCUUCCACGAAGAAGGUGGCAGUGAUGAAGCAGAAUUACCGUUGUGCUGGAUGUGGCAUUAGGAUAGAGCCAGAUUACAUUAAAAGACUCCGUUACUGUGAGUAUUUGGGCAAGUACUUUUGCCAGUGUUGCCAUGAAAAUGCCCAGUCUGUCAUCCCUGGCCGCAUCCUGAGGAAAUGGGACUUCAGCAAGUAUUAUGUCAGCAACUUCUCCAAAGAUCUUCUAACAAAGAUUUGGAAUGACCCUCUCUUUAACUUGCAAGAUGUCAACAGUUCCCUCUACCGAAAAGUGAAGGCACUGGAGCAAGUCCGGCUUCUACGGAUCCAACUUGUGCAUUUGAAAAACAUGUUCAAAACGUGCAGGUUGGCCAAAGGUGUCUUGGAAUCAUAUGACACAGUGUCUGGGCAUCUCACAGAAGAUCUCCACUUGUUCUCCUUAAAUGACCUCUCAGCUAUAAAAAAGGGAGAUUUGGUCCAACAAUUGAGAGAAUUAGUGAGACUUGGCACAGUGCAUGUGGCUAAAUGCAUGUUAUGCCAAGCAAAGGGAUUCAUCUGUGAGUUCUGUCAGAAUGAAGAUGAUGUCAUAUUCCCUUUUGAGCUAACCAAAUGUCGGAGGUGUGAAGAAUGUAAAGCAUGUUACCACAAGUGCUGCUUCCGGUCUGACCAGUGCCCAAAGUGUGAACGCUUGAGAGCAAGGAGGGAUCUGCUAUCCAAACAAAGACUGGAGUCCUAUAAUUCUGAUCAGGAGGAGCUUGAGGAGGAGAGGGACACAGAUUGACAAAAGCUAGAAAUCUAGGGGAUACAUGGUAGUGGGGCAGCAGAAACGACAUCUUUAGUGCCAUUCAAAGGUUACAGCAGCUGCACCUCAUUGUAACAGUACUCUUUUGCUUUUUAUCCUUCAGUAAUGAAAGAAAGUACAACGUUGCUAUACCUUUUAACAAUAUGAGGAUUAAUGGUUCACUUAGUUCAAAUCACACACCAUCUGUCAUUUCUAAAAUGUUUUGACAUAAGCACACCUGCUAGAACUGAUGACUGGUAAGAAUUAGAUAUACCCAUUCUCCUGAGCUAGGUUAUAAUGGGGAAUAUAUCCACUCUGCACAAUGCUCUUGUCAUGCAGGUGGUAUAUUCUGGGUUGCAUCUCCACCCAAUACCCAGACAGUUAACCAUGAGUCUGCAUUGAACGUUGAUUUAAUUGAACCUUGAUUACUACAUCUGACCAUUUUAACUGUCUGUUUGUAUUGAGAUUGUGGCAUAAGUAUUUUUACUACGAGGGUGCCAAAGGGAGAAUGCAGACAAACUCUUGUGAUUCAAUUUUCAGUGUACGUUAUGGUCAUUACUGCUAGACCUAAACAGUUAAGACUGUUAAAGUAUUCUAACGCUCUGGAGAAUCUGGAGUUGCUACUUCCGCCAUCUAAAACUGAACACCGAUAAUUUUACAAGCUUCAUUUUGGUCUGACAAAUGCUGCCUGGUUGUGUGUAGAAUUCAUACCAAUCAAGGGUAUGUGUUUUACAACAGCAUGUAAAAUCAUCAAUGUUGGGUUUCAAAUGGCUAAGGUGGCAACUCCUGUAAGGGCCAAAUCCCAUAUGAUGCAACUUUUACUGCAAAAGCAACAGUAGCAAAGGGUUAAAUAAGUAUACUUGUCACAACAAACACCAAUUUCUUAACCUAAGUACUCACUUAGCCCCUUGACUAAAGUAUAUUUUAGUUAGCAAAUACCAGCAUAUCAGAAUAUUCCCUACCUUCUAAGCAACAAGGACAUAAAUUGAUUAGACUGACAUUGACAGGAGUGUGGUCUGUCCCAUAGCCUCCUGUAGUAUUGCACUAAUGUACUAAUUGAUUGUAUACAUAACUGUAGUAUUAUUGAUUGUGUGAUCCAAAUUUUUGAGCCUUAUGUCCACUGCCACAAGUGUCUAUUUUUAGUUGAUUUGCAGACUACUUGGGCACUGAAGGCUCAUGUAAAUGAAUGAUGUGCACUUUGGUAGUCUGUAUUUAAAGAUCUAUUUACUUGGAGCUUUGCACUGAACAUUGUGUUUAAAUAAGUAGUAAUGGAUACUUUUUCCCACUCCUUACUUACUAUGACUAUGCUGUUUUAUGUGCUUUUACAUUUUAUAAUAGGUCUUGGUUGUUGUGGUUUAUUAGAUAAACCCUCUUCUGUGCUUCUACUUCCAUUGCAGCAGGUCUAUUAUAAUGCAUAACGUAUAGCAUCAUUUAAACAUUUUAUGAAGCCAAGAAAACCAGCUCUAUGAUGUUUGUAAAAGUAUGUAAACGUUUAUUUGCAAAACUACAACUGCAAGAAAUAACAAAAGUACGUUAAAAGCAGUUAUUUAUGUCUAAGAAAUCAAAAUAGAUAUUUUUAUUUGAAGGGACAGUAACAACUCCAAAUAUAGAGAUAUAUGGAUACAUUCAGAUCGUGAGACUUGCUUGUCUUUUGUCAUUGUUUAAGAAGUUCUUCAUUAAAAAAAAAAAAAAAAAAAAACCCCAGGUAAUUAGAAUGACACAGGAAUACAAUUGUAAUUAAAACUAAAAUUGUUUUGCUAUUUGCACAGACAGCUAGACUUCAAAUCACGGUCAUCUACCAGAAAA